AUGUUAGAAAGUUUUAUCCAACAAAUGGCACCCACUCACAGUAAACCCAUUCCUGAACCUAGACCUCCUGGCACUCGUAAACGUGUCCUUGCUGCGAGUCUUACUUCUACCAAUAAUGUUGAUGUUGCUGCUGUGAAACGGCGUAAGCUCGAGGCCAUAGCUGCAGAAUGCCAACAACACCAACCUUCCAUUCAGGAUGCCGAUGCCGACGACGAUGACCAAGACAACGACCUCACUGGGAAUACUAGUCUUCAACCACGAAAUGCAUCCUGUAUCCUUGAGGUGGCUGAUGGAAGUGAUGAUGUUGAGCCUGAUGUUGCGACGGGUGGGUGGGGUAGUAGCUCUGAUGAUGAAGAGAUGCCUGGUUUGGAAGACGUUGAUGCCAGUGACGAGGAAGACAAAGAGGAUGAGGAAGGGGAGGUUGAAGAGACUGACGAGGCAGAACUUGAGUGUCUGAUUCAGGAGUGGACCUCACCAGUCUACGCGUUCUUCCAGCCCAUCCCUGAUAUUACCUACGAUGCCAAGGGCCGCCGCACUCAUGAAUUCCGCUGCGCUGCGACUGUUUGUAAGUGCAAAGGGGCCAAUGCGAGGAUGGUUCGGUGCUAUCUCGGCAUGAUGGACCGAAAAUUGACAAGCAACCUGAAGUGCCAUGCAACUGGAUGCUGGGGAGCUGAGACCGUAGAUAGUGCUUUGGAAGCGAAGGUUGACAUUUGCUCUGCUUGCGCAACCCUUGGAAACCUCAAGGAUGGUUCAAUUACAGCUGCCUUUGAACGGAAGGGGAAAGGGAAGAUCACGUACUCACAUCGCCAGCACACCAAGGCAGAAACCCGUGCGGAGAUCGUUGGUUGGGUGGCGGAGAGUAUGCGCCCUUUCAGUAUAGUUGAAGACCAUGGCUUUCGCUGCCUUAUGAAAACAGGGAGGCCUGAAUAUUACUUACCAUCGCGUUCAACCGUUUCCCGAGAUGUCAAAGAAGUUUUCAUUAGAGUGUGA